AUGCCUUUGGCCACCAAACUGCUCUACAAGGAAGUAGGCCCGAUGAGGUUGGCUCGUCCCUGCUUUCUGCCCCCUCUCGCCCCUGCAUGCCGGCAUUUCUUCAAUGGAGGCCAUGGGAUGGGGCCAUCGAACAUCGCCCACCAGAUCAGCCCUAAUACCCUCCUCCUUCCGUAUGCCGUCGCCUUGGUGGAGGCAUCGCAACUCCCUCGCCCCCUUGCCGACAACCCGGUUAUCAACCUGCUCAAUGACCUCUAUUUCCGGCCAGCUCGCCUCGCCGUCCGCGCGCAACAACUGCCGACCAGCCUGGUACGACGGAUGAGCGAUACUCACAGCGCUAUACUCGCCUCAGCGACCGACUUUGCCGCCCUCGCCCUGGAGCGUAUCUCUCUUGAUAGGAACGGAGCUACAUCGACUUGUCUGCCCCUCUCCCCAUCCGAGAUCUUUCGUUUUUGUCGCGCCUUUUACCGAGUCGAGCUGUUUUAUACGCUCUUUCGGGGGCGCGCCUUCACCGACGAUGCAAACCGCUGGUUCUUCUGGAGGCAACCCCCUUGGGAGAACGAGCAGCUCGGUUUAUUAGCUAACCGCAAUAUAAACGCCGUCGACAAAGAUGAGCAAGACUUUCUUGAUGAGCCCUUCAAGCUCUGCUGGCUGGCUCAAGGUGUCGAAUUCGUCAGCAAGCUCACAAACGCCCCCUCUUGGGAGGACCAGCAGAACAUCUUGAACACUGGCCUCGAGGCGUCUGUCCUCGACAAGGUCAAUGUAGAGCUGCCUGAGAUCCUGGGCUACGUUUAUUUCGGCGACGGCAUAUCACAGGAUUUUGAAGAGGCGUGCGACCGAGUCGGGCUGCAUGAAUUUGGCCAUCCUAGCGACGAGGACACAGACUUGGGCCCGUAUAAAGCGUGGCGCACUGAAAAUGUAGGGUCGGGGAUGCCCGAAUCGUUUAUACCUGGGCUAAAAACCUGGCUCCGCGACCGCGCUUAUGUGUUGUGGGAUAGUGACCGAGUAGGGAAGAUAGGCCGGUUUAAGGAUGGGGACGAGCAAUAG